CCUCUCGGGACAGCUGAGAUGCACCGUUAACGUUUCGGUGGGACUUCCUUUCGAACUCUGAGAUGAACGUGAAGUGGACAGUUAAACGAUUUCUUCUUCUUUCGUUUUCAGUCUCCCACUUGCUGUUACUUGAGGGAGGUCAGAGCCGACUUUCAGUGGCAGAGGGAAGAUCACAAAGGAGGGCUAAUGCACUUCGGAGGAAACGGGAUCUCCUUGGGGAGGAGACAUAUAGGCCAUUGUUGCCGGAAAGUUCACUGUCACGCAGCGUUUUGCACAACUACACAGCCAGAGAUGAAUCUUCAGAAUAUUGUGGCUGCCUUAAUGGAGGUUGGUGUCAGGAGGACAAUGUGUGUGACUGUUCUCAGUUUCAGGCAUUGGGAGACCGCUGCCAGAUCAUACCUAACCAGGGCCAGGAUAGAGAUGGGAUCUGCAGGUCGUGGGGUCAGCAUCACUUUGAAACAUUUGAUGGGAUCUACUUCUACUUCCCUGGAACCUGCUCUUAUAUUCUGGCUCAGGACUGUCACUCAGCUACUCCAGAAUACACAGUGUGGAUUCACAAUAGCAGAGCGUGCGAGGGAAGUGUGUAUGCAUGUCCAAGAGCUCUCAGUUUGUUCUUCCCAAACGAGGAGGAGAUCCAUAUCUCUGGAUAUCAGGUGCACCAGGGAGGUCGCAGGUUAAGUUUGCCUCAGACUGUAGGUGGGGUGUUUAUAGAGAGACUGGCUGAUUACCUGCUUGUCAAGAGUGUGUUUGGCUUCUCUUUGGCCUGGGAUGGAGGCUCAGGCGUCUACCUGAAGAUGAGCGAAGCGCACCAGGGCACCCCUUGUGGCUUGUGUGGGAACUUCAACCACAUUGCUGGUGAUGACCUCGCCACUGCUCGGGGCAUUCGAACAGAUGAGCCUGCGGGGUUUGCUAACAGCUGGACAGUGGACCUUCCUCACGAGAGAGCUUGUCCCUCUGUAGAUCUUGACUUUACUGGUCCUUGCCAUUCUGAGUCAGACAUGGAUGAUGCCAUUGAGAAAUGCAGUGCUCUUCUUUUCUUUCCGUUUCUGUCCUGCCAUGAAAACAUCGACCCGAAUCCUUUUGUUGCCAGCUGUGUCUCUGACCUCUGUGUGUCCGAUGAUGAGGAAACAUAUUGUCGAGCUUUGGUUGAAUACACCAGAGCCUGCUCACAUGUUGGAUAUCCUGUAAGAGAGUGGCGGGACAGUUUUCCAUCGUGUAACGACGGCUGUGAGGAGAGCUUUGUGUAUAGAGACUGUAUCAGUUGUUGUCCGCCCACAUGUACAUUUGAGAAAGAGUGUCUAGGAACCAACCUGCACUGCCUGGAUGGUUGCUACUGCCCUGACGGUCUCAUCCUACAGAAUGGAACAUGCAUCCCUGCAUCUCAGUGUCCUUGUGUUUAUCAUGGAACAUCUUAUGUGCAAGGACAAGUGCUUCAACAAGGCUGCAGUGUCUGCGUUUGCAUGGGAGGAGUGUGGAAUUGCACAGAGAAUAACUGCACAGCCGAGUGUUCAGUCGUAGGAGACAUGUUUGUGACAACAUUUGACGGCAGGAUGUUUCUCCAGCCGGGGGCGUGUCAGUAUGUGCUGGCAAAGAGCCGAGGCAGCAGCAAAUUCACCAUCACGCUGCAGUAUACCACCUGUGAAGAGCAUCAGGUGUGCAUUCAGUCAGUGACAGUGGUAUUGGAUGAAGAUGCAAGUCAUCAGAUCACCUUGACCAGAGAAGGGGAAGUGAUAAUUGGUGUCAACCCAUCCCCCACCCUGCCCUAUGUUGACGAUGCAGUAACGGUGCACAGACUGACCUCUGUGGUCACACAGCUAAAAACAGGGAUUGGUUUACGCCUGCUUUAUGAUGGCCAAGGAGGGCGGGUGUACUUGCAACUCAGCAGCCAGUGGCAUGGACAAACGUUGGGACUUUGUGGAACUUUUAACGGAAACCUACGAGACGAUUUCCUGUCUCCAGCAGGGAUGAUAGAAGGUACUCCUCAGCUUCAUGCAAAUGCUUGGAAAGUGUCGUCUGCUUGUGUCGCUCCAGUUAAUCUGCCCAUUGUAGACCCAUGUGAGAUGAACCAGCACAAUGCAUAUUAUGCUUCCCAGUGUGACGUGCUUUUGGAGAGUGUGUUUGCUCCGUGUCAUGGCUACAUUAGUCCAAACAUCUACCAGCAGCAGUGCCGCUACCAGGCCUGUCGCUGUGGGAGCAGCUGUCUGUGCACUGCACUGGCUCACUACACUUACCUCUGCUCCAAACAUGGAGUUGAUGUUAAUUUCAGGUCGCAAGUCUCUGAGUGCGGAAUUGUAUGUCUUGGAGGAAUGCAGUACCACUCAUGUGUGUCUUCGUGUGGCCGAUCCUGUCGUGCACUUGCCAACACCGAGACCUGCAGCCCAGCUGAGUGCGCUGAAGGUUGCGCCUGUCUAGAUGGCAGUUACUAUGAUGAUGUGCGCAGGCGCUGUGUGCAGUUGUCACAGUGUCACUGCUAUUCCAUGGGUGGUGUGUUGCAGCCAGGAGAAGUGACCUUCAGUGCAUCUGGCCCUUGCCUGUGCAGAAAUGGGAAGAUGGAGUGUGAGCCAGAAGAAAAAGAACCAGACAGUGUAGAAGAGGGAGAGUGUCCAGAAGGAAAAGUGUAUCACAGCUGCACGGAGCAAAGAGGAGGCAUGGCUUGUGCACCAACCUGCCGUAACCUGAUGUUGAACCUCACCUGCCCACCCAACACACUGUGCAUACCAGGCUGUGUUUGUCCUCCAGGGCUCGUGCUGCACCAGGGUGAAUGUUACUAUCCAGAGAACUGCCCCUGCGCAUGGCUUGGACUUGAAUACCUGCCUGGACAAGUUGUGGAAACAUCCUGCUACAGAUGUGUGUGCCAUCGGGGCUAUUUUAACUGCAGCUACUCUCCAUGUCCAGCUGUGUGUACUGUGUACAGCGACAGACACUAUCACACCUUUGAUGGCCUUGAAUAUGACUACCAAACCGACUGCCAGGUCUACCUGCUUAAAAGUACUGGAGAAACCGAAGUAUCCAUUGUUGCCCAAAACAAGGACUGCUAUGAGAGCGGCAUUGUGUGCAUGAAAAUACUGGUCAUUCAUGUGGGACUGACCAAAAUCUACUUCACUGACAACUCUGGCAAUCCAAGUCCUUCUACUGUUGUGGGUCGAGGGUCAGAGUUUGAGAUCUGGAAUGCAGGUUACUACACCGUGGUCCACUUCUCCAGUCAGGAUCUGACCAUCCUCUGGGACCGCAAGACUACUGUACAUAUAAGAGCUGGACCCCAUUGGAAGGGUCUCCUCAGUGGCCUGUGUGGAAAUUUUGACAGUGUGACAGUGAAUGAUAUGACCACAUCUAGCCACAUGGAAGUCAAUAACGCACAGACAUUUGGAAACAGCUGGGCCCUGGGACAGUGUGAAAGUGACUACAUAGUUGAGCGACCGUGUGAACGGGACUUGGGGAGACAGCCGUACGCUAAGAGGGAGUGUGCUCUCCUCUACAGCGAUGUCUUUGCACCCUGUCACAACGUGGUUGAUGUGGCCUGGUUUUAUAGGAACUGCCUAACAGACACUUGCAACUGCAACCGCGGGGGAGACUGUGAGUGUCUCUGUACGUCCAUUGCUGCGUAUGCACACAAAUGCUGUCAACAGGGGGUCACGAUACACUGGAGGUCUCCCUCUGUGUGCCCCUAUGACUGUGAAUACUAUAAUCAAGAGCUCGGCGAUGGCCCAUUUUCCUUGGUGAGUGCUGUCUUUAAUGACACCAUGUUUGGAGUGAAUCGUACCAGCAGCACAGUGUUUCCACUUACAAGAGAAAGACCGGGACAGUUGCCAGCUCCAGGCAUUCUGUUCAACUUUAUGAUCACAACAGGGCUAUGGAGGAACAGGACAUCACGUGUUCCUGUAGUUUCCCUUGAGUCUGCGGAGAGGCCAAACUACUUUCUCACAGUGUCAGGACGCAGCCGUCUUCAGUUGGAACAGUGGAGUCGAGGGCCAGAGUUUAGCCGCAGAGCCACCUUCAUCCAGCACCAGGGUCUGUUUCUACCAGGUUACGCUUCAUUCGAACUGGUCAGCCAACCUGGAAUCUUUCUGACGCUCACACGCGGAGCGGCUCGAGCGCAGAGAUACGGCACUGCGGAGGGCUUCAAGACCAGCAGCAGCUUCACACUCGAGGACAGUCCUUUUGUUAUACCAUACCGCAUGAUGUGUGAAUGGCGUUAUCAGGCUUGUGCAAGUCCCUGCGUACACGCAUGCAGUGAUCCAGAUGCAACCCGCUGCCAGUUCCUGCCUCCGGUUGAAGGCUGUUUCCCUCGCUGUCCAAAAAACAUGGUGCUGGAUGAAGUCACAAGACGCUGUGUCUACACAGAGGACUGUGUUACCCUCCCCUCAACUCCAACGCCUUUUGCAUAUGUGACUCAGUCCAACAGAACCACUACUCCACCACCAACUACAACCACAAGAGCAACAACAAUCUCCUCCACUACUGUUAGUCCCACCACAUCUGCACCCACCACCACUACACCGACUGUUCCCACCACAAGAGUAACCACUGAACCAGUCACUACUCUGCUUACUACAUCUCCAACCACAACUCCUGCUUCUACUACAACCAUUGUUACCACGACUCCAUUUGAGACUUCCACCCAAAGUACAACCGUAAUGACCCCCACUCCAACCACAGAGAUCACCUCAACUACUCCCUCCACUUCACCCACUAUAGUCCCUACAACUACUCCUGAGGUUACCACACCAACUACACCUCUUGUGACAUCCCCAACUACCCUGCCACCAACAACCACUGUCAUCACAACUGUUCCCACCACAACUGUACCUGAAACCACACCCACAACUAUGCCACAACCAGAAACAACAAUCACUACAGAGAUUUCCACCCCAGUGGAAACGACCACAACCCUUCCUUCAACUGAACCCACCACUGUUACCAGCACAGAGAUAAUCACAAGCCCUGAAACCGAAGAAGUGUCUACCAGGAUUCCUUGGCCCACUGGUCCAUGCACACCUCCAUUCUCCUAUCGUAUUGAUGAGUGUGCCGAGCUAAUUUGUUUCAACGGAGAGCUGCUCUUUCACAACUCCUCUCUCCACUGUCGCUACAAUACUGCCCCACCUCAGUGCAGUCUGCUGGGCCUGCCUAUCCUCAUCAACACAGACCCCUGUUGUCCACUGUGGCAGUGCCCAUGUCGCUGCACUGUGAUGUCAGAUCUACGUGUGAUCACAUUUGAUGGUAACAAUGUGGCCUUGUAUGACAAUGGUUCUUACAUUUUGGUUAAUCUGCCGAGAGAGACUAUUAUUGGCACAGUGGAGAAAUGUCCAACCAGCCAGAGCGUAAACUCCAUCAGGCGAACUAGUCCUACUGGUGGAACAUCUGGUCUUUGUUUCAAGAAGCUUAACAUCACUACUUCCAACUACAGAAUCAUUAUCAACAGACUUGAUCGAAAGGUGACAGUGAACUACAGAGCUGCUAAGCUCCCAUUCUCACGUCACUCCCUUUUUGUGGAAGAUACAGGCAGCAUGUACCUGAUCCACACACCUGGCAGCAUCAGCAUACAGUGGUAUCAUAGCACAGGGAUUAUGGUGCUGCAGUACAAUGCUCCGAGUCAUGCAUUCGUCCCCACUCGUGGCCUGUGUGGUUGCUGUGAUGGGAAUCCAGAAGAUGACCUGAAACUCCCGAACGGCACGGUGGUCAGAGAGGUGGGAGACAUGAUGCUCUUUCUGCAGGCGUGGAGAGUCCAUUUGACGGAUGAGACUGAACACACACGCAGGGUGGGAGACAACUGCACCACAGGGGACUGUUCCACCUGUCUUUCUAUGCUUACCCAGAGAGCCUUCACACCAUGUCAUAGCAAGGUGCCUCCAGAACAGUUCUGUGACAUCAUGUGGGCAGGAGACUUGCAUUACAAGGAUCAUCAGUGUGACUUUCUGGCUGCUUAUGUGGCAGUUUGUUACACACACCAAGUCUGCAUCGGCUGGAGGCGGCACAAUUUCUGUCCAUUAAGGUGUCCACCUGGUAAAGAGUAUCAGCCGUGUGUAAGCACCUGCAACAGCCGCACUUGUCUGAACAAAGACUACUACGAGGAAACCACCUGCUCUUUCAUCAGGGAGGAGUGUGUGUGUCGCAGUGGAACCAUCCUGCACCGAGCUGACUCUCCCUAUUGUGUCACCGAAGAUCGAUGUGUCUGCACAGACAAUGAAGGUAACCCCCGGGCCCCAGGAGAGGUGUGGAACGGCUCCACUCGAAGCUGUUGCCUUUACAAAUGUAUGGAGAACGGCUCUGUGGUAGCGGUGGAGCCAGACUGCAGUGCUGUCCCAACGCCGCUGUGUGAGAGGGAGGGAGAAUAUGUGCUGGAUGUACUAGAGGAAGGAUCCUGUUGCCCUAAGAAGAUCUGUGAGUGCAACAUGACCAUCUGUGACAGUGAAGCUCCUCCUUGCGAUAAUGGAAACAGGCUGGUCAUUGGUUACAGCGCACUAUCCUGCUGCCCAGAAUACCGAUGUGAGUGUGACCCUAUGGCGUGCCCUCCUGUCUUUGCUCCCGACUGUAGAGAAGAUCAGUUCCUUGUUGAGGUCAGGGGGCAAAAAUCCUGCUGCUACUCUUACCUUUGUGUGUGUGAGUCAUGCAUUGAACCCAUUCCAAGUUGCUCUCAUGGAGAAAUUCUGGCUGUCCAUCCAAAUUCCACCAACAGCUGCUGUCCCCAGUACCACUGUGUGUGUGAUGUUAAUCAAUGCCCUAAAUCAUCUCUGAGCUGUGCACCUGGUCUCUCUCUGGUUGAAACUGCUGCACCCGGUGACUGCUGUCCCCAGCAUCACUGUGAAUGUCAAUGUGGAGACCUAGCUCUCCCCAUAUGUCAGCUGGGGGAGGUGCAGGUUGAAGUUCCUGACAGCAGCACCAACUGUGGUUGUCCUCAGUAUGCAUGUCAGAAAGCCGACGUGUGUCUCUUCCAAGGAGUCACUGUUCUGGGUCCAGGCCAGUCCCUGGUUCAGUAUUUUGAAGGAGAGCUGUGCUACACUGUUCAGUGUCUUCCUUACAAAGACCCACAGACUGGCUUCUAUGCAAUGGAAAUCACCUCUGUUAACUGUUCCCAAAAGUGUGGAUCGCACCAGGCAUAUGUCCCUUCUACAGACCCUCAAGUGUGCUGUGGCUCCUGUAAAAACAUCUCUUGUACUUUCACCAACGAAAAUGGGACAGCAGAAUUUUUCACUGCAGGGAGUUCCUGGGUGGAAAACUGUACGCGUUAUGAUUGCGUGGAGACAGCAGUCGGAGCGGUGAUACUUGCAUCUGGUGUUAUCUGCCCUCCUUUUAAUGACUCCGAAUGUAUUCAGAGUGGGGGUGUAGUUCAGAGCUAUGUAGACGGCUGCUGCAGGACAUGUUCUGGACUGGGUGUUUUACCGUUUACCGUUAACCCCAUAACACCCACUGGUAGUACUAACUGUGAUACAGGUAAAGAGGAUGGGAAGACAUGUAAGCGUGUGGCCAUUCGGACCACCAUUAGAAAGGACGACUGCAGGAGCAACACACCAGUUACAGUGUAUUCAUGUGAUGGCAAAUGUCCAUCUGCCACCAUAUUCAACUUUAACAUCAACAGUCAUGCAAGGUUCUGUAAGUGCUGCCGUGAGAGUGGACUACAAACACGGACCGUCUCAUUGUACUGCUCUCGGAAUGCCAGCAUGGUGGACUACAACUUCCAGGAACCUCUUGACUGUUCCUGCCAAUGGAACUAAAAAUACGAACAAGUGUGUGACCAAUACAAAAUUAUUUUUUAUGGGGUGCAUUUGAAUUAAUAUUGUAAAACUGGCCAACCAUGAAAAAACAGCCAUUUUUCUUUUAUUUUGUUUUGCUUUUGUAUGAUAGCUGACUGGACAAAACUGAUCUUGAAUAGCAGUUUUGAUAGAAAAUACUGAUGUGAGUAGUUUUGUCUGCACUUUAGCUGUCUAUUUUAUCAAAACCCACUAUGCGAGUCCCUGUCAGUUUUACUUGGGCUCCCAGAUUAGUUGUGCAUUUUUUUCUGCAUAUUGACAGCAAUAGGUUAAAACGGCAGUUCCUACAUUGACAAGCUGUUUAUUCAGAUUAUAAAUUGGCAUUUGCUUUGCAUUAUUUAAUCAAUAUAACUUUGCGGUGUGGUUCUGUAGUUUUUGUUGUUUUUUGUAAAGUAAAUCUGUGUAAUAAAGGACUUGAUAGUG